AUGGAAAAGGAUUCUACUGCAUUGGUUUUUGGUGAAGAUGUUGCUUUUGGAGGAGUUUUUAGAUGUACAGUCGAUUUACGUGAUCAAUUCGGCAAGGAUCGUGUUUUCAACACACCAUUGUGUGAACAAGGUGUUAUCGGAUUUGGUGUUGGUGUUGCUGCUAUGGGACAUACUGCAAUUGCUGAAAUUCAAUUUGCUGAUUACAUUUUCCCUGCAUUUGACCAAAUUGUCAAUGAAGCUGCUAAAUACCGUUUCAGAAGUGGAAAUUUGUUUGAUGUUGGAGGUUUAACAAUUCGUACACCAAGUAGUGCUGUUGGACAUGGUGGACAUUACCACUCUCAAUCACCAGAAGCCUAUUUUGCUCAUACACCAGGUCUUAAGGUUGUUAUUCCAAGAAAUCCAGUCCAAGCUAAGGGUUUAUUAUUAUCAAGUAUUGAAGAUAGAAAUCCAGUGAUUUUCUUUGAACCAAAGAUUUUAUAUCGUUCAAGUGUUAGUCUUGUUCCAAAUGAAGCAUAUAAGAUUCCACUCGGAAAGGCUGAAGUUUUAAAGGAAGGUAAAGAUGUCACAGUUAUAGGUUGGGGAAGUCAAUUAUAUGUCCUUGAAAAGGCUGUUGCUAUGGCUAAGGAAAUUGGUAUUGAUUGUGAAUUAAUAGAUUUGAGAACUAUUGUUCCAUGGGAUGUUGAAACAGUUGUCAAAUCAGUUCAAAAGACUGGUAGAUGUGUUGUCAGUCACGAAGCUCCAAUUACUGGUGGUUUUGGUGCUGAAGUUGCUGCCACUGUUCAAGAAAAAUGUUUCUUACAUUUGGAAUCACCUGUUAUUCGUGUCUGUGGUUUGGAUACUCCAUUCCCACUUGUUCACGAAAAGUACUACGUUCCAGGUGUUAUCAAAUGUUUCGAAAUGAUCAAGAAUGCUGUCAAUUAUUAA